CUAAUAUCUGAUCCAAAUUUCCUCUCUGUUGGUGUGGAGCCAUCGUGCACGGAGCUCCUACUGUGGUGCAGCACGUACUGGCCCAAUUCAGAGCCUCUGCAAUAUGGAACCAGUGCUGUCAGACUGUUAACUGGGCUGGUACCAGAGGCUUCACCUUAUUAAAUACUAAUGCCAGGUCUAAAACUCCUCAGAGUAACUGUAAAUUCCAGUGUAAGGACUGUGGCUCCCUAUUAGCUGGCUCGAUUUAUGGUGAAAUUGAGAUGGGCUGGGCAGGGCAGGUCCUGCAGGUUCGGCACUGGCAUCCCAAAGCUGGGAUCCAAACCCCUUGAGGGUUUUCUGGUCCGUGCACUGGCCCUGGGGUGAGUCUGGAGUGCAGGAGGGUGUUGGCUGUGGCCAGCUGUGCCUCUUUGGGGCUGUUCAAGCUGCACAUCAUCCUCAUGUCAUUGGAGCAUUGAGCUCGUCCUGAGCCAUGUGGGAAUGGCUGAACCAGGAGCAGCUGGUGGUGGGAAUGUUUAAGUGGAAAAUGAUGUGCUAAUACUGUUGCUGUGGGGUUGGGAGUGCUGUGUGUCCCGUGCAGCACUGCCAGGUUUUGCAGAGCUCCAUAAGCUGCCAGCUGGAGCCUUUGGAAUCUGAGCUCUGUUAUCUCUGCCAAAAGCUCUUUACUUGAUGGGGGUCUGUUUGUUGGAUGUUUACACCCUCAUUUUCCUAAAAUAAGCCUGUACCUGUCUCAUUCAAAUGUUGCUGGGAGGUCUCUGCACAGGAGCAAACCGCGCUGUGACUUGUCACCUUGAGAGUCCGGAUCCCUCAGGGAUCCCUCAGGAAAGCCUUCCAUGCCUAACUGGGAGAUUUCUACUCUCCUGAGACAUUUUUUCUGUUUAAAACUUAAAACUCUUAAGUCUUUUAUGGUUACACUAUCGAGGUCUGCACUAGUGUGGGUGUAAUCAGGGUGAACACACGCCUCUCACGGAGCAGGUGCGUGUUGAAUCUGCCUUAAGGCUGCCCUGAUCCGUAGGGAAAUUGGCUUUGAUGUCCUGAAGUGGUUUCUCCACCGUGAGUGGCUGCAUGUGAAACAGAACGUUGGGACCUGCUCAGGUCCAGAGGGUUUCUCCCAAGUAUCUCUUGGGAGAGAAACUGGAGAAAAAAGUGUAAAGAAUUUGGGACCUGCAUUUUCUUGGCUUCUGACCUUGCUUAGCCAAGUUCUUUGUGGAAGGAGAGCAGCACCAGUGCUCCCAGUGCUCUGCCCCAUGCUGGGGAGCGUCCAAACCCCUGUUUUUGGGAAUACUCCAUGUACCUGGUGUCUGAGCCACAGCAUCAGCCGUAGCUGUACGUUGCAGGAAUGUGUUUGUGGUUUGGGAAUGUUGGUGCUGGAGGUGUGAGGGUGAUGCAGGGUGGAUUUACACAGGAACAUGCCGAGUUCCUUGGCAGAGUGUGCGUGGUGUCUGGGGAGGCGUUUUUGCCCUGUCCAGAAAUAGUUCUGUGUGUUUUUCCCAGGUGGAAAAGCAGGGACAGGUGGAAUCUUCCUGAGGGGAGCAGUUAAAAUUUUCUCCUAAAGGGGACUCUACCUUCCAAAAAACUCUAUUUGAUUGGUUUUCCCCUUUAUGGUCUGAGUAUCAGAUGAGGAGCAGCAAGGAUCAAGCUCUUCCCUGUAGAAACUCUGCUAUCCUUGGAGGACAGGUUUGUUCUUUUGUCACAGCUCUUGCAAAAUCUCUGGAAUUAUCCAGAUUUUUCUUCCCUUUCCUUACAGACUAAUUCCCACAGUUAAUUGCUUGCAUGGAUUAUUCCACGCUGCAGCUCUGCACUGACUUGUGGUGCCCAGGUGAUGCCGGGAUUUGCCCUGGAGCCUGGCAGUGCCAUGCUCAGCUCCAGGGCUGCAAUCCUUGUGUCCCAGGAGCCUUUUCCGUGCUCAAAGCAUUGAAGAUAUCAGGGUGGUUCAAAGUGCUGACUUAGGAUGCCCUGAAGUGAUUCAGUUUUCAUCACCCAUAAAUACUCGUUUUCCUCUCUGAUGUUCUCCUUUGCGUUGGUGACAGGACUGAGUCCUAUUCCCAUCUGCUUGUUUGGUCUAAACUUCCCAAAAAUACGUCAAGGAGAAGCAUGAAAGAGGAACUUGAAGGUGCCUGGCUGCUUGAGAUGUAAAACUGGCUGUUCAGAGUUCCGUAGUGUUGAGUUCCCAUUUCUUUGGGGCUGUUACAUCCUGACUGUAUCCCGCAGAAUUCCCUCCAGCUGCCGCUCUGGUGGGUGCCCAUGCUGGAGGCUCAUGAGUGGGUGCAGCAGGGUGGGGACACUUUGGGGCUCCACCUCUGCUCCGUGGGGGUGGGCAGGGUGAGGGGAACUGAUCCCUGAGCAGGAGGAAGAGCAGGAUCACAUUCCCAAGGUGUUUUUUGUUGUUCCCAGUGCGUGGUAAUUCAUGAUCGGCAGGUUUAGCUCCGGCUGCUCCAGGCAUGUCUGUGGGUUUCUGGCUGUCUUCCUUUAACGGAGGCAAUUUAAAAUACACCAGCAAAGGUUGGAACACAACAGGAGGAAGUGCUGGCUGCGUUUACUGGGUUGUUUUCACCUCUGCUGGUCUCAGUUAUCAGUGAUCCGAGCCCUCACCCCCGGCUCUGUCCAUCCUGCUUACAGCACAGCAGUUCUUUCUGUGUUCCCAACUGGAAUUUUCCUGCUGGAGCGCUGGUCUGAGAAAUGCCUAAAAAGCUCAAGCUGUUAAAAGCCAAAAGUUGUGCUCUAUAACCUCUAGACAUGAUGAAUUCCAGAGGAAUUCCAGACUGGAGCUUCCCCAUAGCCCCUGUGCUGACAUCAAACCUUUAAGCAAACUGUUCGGAAUAUUGAGACCAUUCUGGAGCUCAAUGAUAGGAUGAAAUCACUCAGGGGCUUCGUCAUCCUGUGCAGGGAGCUGCUUUCACUUUCAAACCUGGGCUGCCUGGCCAGGAAGGAAAACGUCCGGUGGGAUUUUUAGUGUCGUGCACUCCCUGUGGAUCUGGGGGAUCGCUGCUCUUCCAUAGUGCUGCUCCAAGAAAACGUGGCUGAAGUGGUUGAAGUUGGGAACGGGCUCUGUGUGCUGGGCUUUCCUCUCCCAACCCUCUCCCAACACGAGUGCUGGGACCGGGAGCCUCAUCUCCGGGGAUUUGCCCUAACAGCGGAAGCUGCCGCUUGGUCGGAGUGUGUUUGCCCAGGACAUGGUGCAGGGUGAAGAGCACAGAUAAAGACGCUCCCAGCACUCACUCCACAGCCUGUCCCACCCUCCUCCUGAGGACUCCAUGAGGCAGGACACGGGCUGAUGCCCUCAGCUCACCCCACCAUGGAUGGGGGGAACAGCUUCCCACAGCACCAGCAGCCGGGCGAUGCCAUCCACGGCAUCCCCGGCCUCCGCUCCCAGCUCGCCGUGUCAGACAUUGAGAAUUCCAUGCUGGCCGCCGACUCAUGGAGUAGCUGCUACUCAGUCUCCUUCCCAACCUCGUCCUUCCCAAGUGAAAACCAGCAAUAUUUUAACCCCCCUCAGGAUUUUUAUAUGGAUUCCAUCAGCAGACCACAUUUCUUGGAUACAAACUAUGCAACUGUGGACCCCACUGACUUCUUACCAAGAAAUGGGGACUUUCCUCAGGAUUCUUCAUACCUCGAUGAGCUCUCCAACAACAACUCCCUCUUCUCGUCCCCUGCGGAUUCCCUCUCGGACAUCGCGGAUCCCAAGGAUUUCCUGCCCGCCGACAGCCUGAACCACGUGCCAACACUAUGGGAUGUGAACACGCCACAGCAGAACCAGAUCGAGCUGUUUUCAUCCAGCACGCCGUUCCCUGGCCUGAACAGCUCCAGUGACCACGUUCCUGCUGUCCCCAACACCCCUCUCCUCAUCAGCUACCAGUCUCAGGCUCCUGCAGAGGAGGAAGAUGAAGGUGAGGAGGAAGAAACGGAAGAGUUGGGGCAGACAGAGACCUAUGCUGAAUAUAUCCCUUCAAAGUCCAAGAUUGGGAAGCACCAUCCUGACCUGGUGGUUGAGACGAGCACCCUGUCCAGCGUCCCUCCACCUGACAUCACCUAUGAGCUUUCCCUUCCCCACUCCGUGGCUGACAAAGGCUCCCUGUCUGCACUACAGCUGGAAGCCAUCAUCUACGCCUGCCAGCAACAUGAAGUUUUAUUGCCCAAUGGGCAGCGAGCUGGGUUCCUGAUCGGGGAUGGUGCUGGAGUUGGGAAGGGCAGGACUGUUGCAGGCAUCAUCUUUGAAAAUUAUCUCAAAGGGAGGAAAAAAGCUCUGUGGUUCAGCGUCUCCAACGAUCUCAAGUACGAUGCCGAGAGAGACCUGAAGGACAUCGAGGCCUCCCACAUUCCUGUGCAUGCUCUGAACAAGAUUAAAUACGGUGACACAGCUACCUCAGAAGGAGUCCUCUUUGCCACCUACUCGGCGCUGAUCGGUGAAAGCCAGGCUGGGGGACAGCACAGGACGCGCUUAAAACAGAUUUUGGAGUGGUGCAGGGAAAACUUUGAGGGAGUUAUUGUAUUUGAUGAAUGCCACAAAGCCAAAAACGCCAGCUCUACCAAAAUGGGCAAAGCAGUGCUGGAUCUGCAGAACAAGCUGCCUCGAGCAAGGGUUGUCUACGCCAGUGCCACAGGUGCCUCAGAGCCAAAAAACAUGAUUUACAUGAGCCGCCUGGGGAUCUGGGGAGAGGGGACCCCAUUCCGAGCCUUCGAUGAGUUCCUGCACGCCAUUGAGAAGAGGGGAGUCGGCGCCAUGGAGAUCGUGGCCAUGGACAUGAAGGUCAGUGGGAUGUACAUUGCUCGGCAGCUCAGCUUCACUGGGGUGACCUUCAGGAUUGAGGAGAUCCCUCUGGACGAGCAGUACAAGGCUGUCUACGACAAGGCAGCCAAGCUGUGGGCAGAGGCCUUGAUGGUGUUCCAGCAGGCAGCUGACUGCAUCGGGCUGGAGUCUCGGAAGUCGCUGUGGGGUCAGUUCUGGUCGGCUCACCAGCGCUUCUUCAAGUACCUCUGCAUCGCUGCCAAGGUGCGGCGGCUCGUGGAGCUGGCCCAGGAGGAGCUGGCCAGGGACAAGUGCAUUGUCAUUGGCCUGCAGUCCACGGGGGAGGCUCGCACCAGGGAGGUUCUGGAUGAGAACGAUGGGCACCUCAACUGCUUUGUCUCUGCUGCAGAAGGCGUCUUUCUAUCACUAAUUCAGAAGCACUUUCCUUCAACCAAAAGAAAGAGAGAAAAAGGAACUGGCAUUAAAAGAAAACGGCGGCCGAGGGGCCGCUGCCCCAAGGCUCUGCGGGGCCCGUGUGACCCAGGGGUCGUCAUCAAGAUCAGCGAUGACAGCAGCACUGACUCGGACAUGGGGCUGGACAGCGACCUCACCUCCUCCCCAGAGUCCCUGCUGGAGACAGACGAUGUCAUCUUCGUGGAUCACACCUUCGGCGGCUGCACUGGCGAGGACAGGGGUAGUUUCCACAUGCUGCCUUCCCAGAAAGAGCUGCACGGCCUGAGAGAGCUGAAGGUCGAAAAGAUGAAACAGGACCUCCUAGUAAAAGUGAAAGCACUGGGCAAAGAGCUACCUCUCAACACCUUGGAUGAACUGAUUGAUUAUUUUGGGGGCCCGGAGAACGUGGCUGAGAUGACGGGCAGGAAGGGACGCGUGGUCCGCAGGCCCGACGGCUCCGUCGUGUUCGAGUCCCGCGCCGAGCAGGGGCUCUCCAUAGACCAUGUCAACCUGAAGGAGAAGGAGCGUUUCAUGCAGGGGGAAAAGCUCGUAGCAAUAAUCUCAGAGGCCUCCAGCUCAGGGAUCUCCCUCCAAGCAGACAGACGGGUGAAGAACCAGAAGCGCCGGGUGCACAUGACCCUGGAGCUGCCCUGGAGCGCAGACCGGGCCAUCCAGCAGUUCGGCCGAACACACCGAUCCAACCAGGUCUCUGCCCCCGAGUACGUGUUCCUCAUCUCAGAGCUGGCAGGGGAGAGGAGGUUUGCAUCCAUCGUGGCAAAACGCCUGGAGAGCCUGGGUGCCUUAACUCAUGGAGACCGACGGGCCACUGAGUCCCGGGACCUCAGCAAGUACAACUUCGAGAACAAGUACGGGGCCAAAGCCCUGGACAGGGUCCUGUCCACGAUCCUCAGGCACACGGAGAACAGGGUUCCUGUGCCCAGGAGCUACGAGAGAGGGGAGGACACCUUCUUCCGUGAAAUGAAGCAAGGGCUCAUCUCCGUGGGCAUCUGCUGCAGCCAGAUGAAGUAUGGCACUGUCUCUGUGGAGAAGGACUGCUCCAUCACCAAAUUCCUGAACCGCAUCCUGGGCCUGGAGGUGGACAAGCAGAACAUGCUCUUCCAGUAUUUCUCUGACACCUUUGACUACCUGAUUGAGAAAGACAAGAAGGAGGGCAAAUACGACAUGGGCAUCCUUGAUUUAGCCCCAGGAGUGGAUGAGAUCUACGAGGAGAGCAAGGAGGUUUUCCUGACCCCUGGGCACCCACAGGAUGGGCAGGUCGUGUUCUACAAGAUCAGCGUUGACAGAGGCUUGAAGUGGGAGGAAGCCUAUGAGAAGUCGCUCAAACUGACAGGAACCUUUGAUGGGUUCUACCUCUCUUACAAGGUGCGAGGCAGCAAAUACACCUGUCUGCUGGCAGAGCAGUGCCGUGGGAAGAACUUCAUCCUCUACAAGCCAAAUAUUGGGAAGCAAAGCCAGCCUGAGAGCCUGGACAGUCUGCAGAAGAAAUACCGGCAGGUGCUGCCCGAGGAAGCCAAGGAGCACUGGGAGAGCAGCUACCACUUCUCCUUGAAGAACUGUAACCACGCUGUGUGGAACAAGAGCUGCAAGCUGAUCCAGGAGGGGAAGGAAUGCUUCCAGGGCAUGCGCCUGAGGCACUACUACAUGCUGUGUGGGGCCCUGCUGCGAGUGUGGAGCAGGAUCGCCGGCAUCAUGGCAGACAUCACCAACAGCAGCUACCUGCAGAUCGUGCGCCUCAAGACCAAGGAGAAGAAGAAACAAGUUGGGAUAAAGAUCCCCGAGAGCUGCGUCCACAGGGUGAGGGAGGAGCUGAAGCAGAUGGAUGAGGAUGUGAAGAGGAAGCACAGCCGGCUGCACCAGGCCCAGGAGCAGAGCUCACCCUUCUCCUUGCCACUGCACAUCCUGCCAGGACCUGGGCUGCCCCUGCCCUCCCUAUGCCAGGACGAGAUCCUGGACUUGACCUACAGCCCUCCCAGCAACAGCAUUCCUGACGUGUUGAACCCCGAGACCAGAGCACUCUGCUUCUCCUCAGAGCCCUCCCUGCAGCCCCAGCAGCAGCACAGAUUGUCCUUUGGCUUUGGCCACGCUCCUGGCCUGGAGGGCAGCACAGCCCCUGGCCCCUCGCUGCAUGAGCCCCCUGCCCUGCCUCCCCCGGCCCCCCUGCAGCAGCCACAAGAGGAUUUUCUCCAGCAAAGUGGGAAUAUCAAUUAUAGAGAGGUCCUGGAGGAAAUGCUGAGGACGAUCGGUCCCUCCCAGGAGAACCUGCUCCCCCCAGAACGCCAGAGUGUGAUCCAGUUCAGUGGGCCUUUCCCAGACUUCUGAAUGCCAGCUGGGAAUGCUGCUGUGGAUCCACGUCCUCUGGUGCAGAGGUGAGAGUUAAGGAGCUCUGACGUUUCUACUGGUUUCGACUGACUCUGCUCUAGUUUUGAGGGAAGAAAAAGCCUGGAUUUCCUUUAAAGGGAAUUUUAUUUAUAUAUAAUUUUCAGUCAGGCAUGUACAGGUUUGUAUGGAACGUGCCCAGGGGAAGCUGAGCAGGUCCCACUGGGCCGAAGGGCUCUGCUGGGUCAGGUCCUGCUCACAGGUCAGUGCCCGAGUGGGAUUGAAGGGAGACCCCUCCUCUGCCCACCCCCUGCAGACUACUGAGUGUCCGAGCCUUCCCCAGCCCUCCAGCCCAGCAGGGCCAUGGCCAGGCUCUGGAAUGAUCCACUGACCACGUGCUGGUCACUUAGGGAAGGGUGGGAGCCCAGCCCCCAGCUGGGGCUGCCCCAGCACUGCUGCAGACCCUGAG